UAUUGAAACAUAUAAAACAAUGGGGUUUCGUUGGUCUCUUGCUCUGUCAAUCCAUUUUCUACUGCUUUAUUCACUGUUUUCAUUCUCUGUUACUAAUUGUCGUCUUUCUGUUAAUCAUACAAAAUGCCAUGAAGAUGAAAGCUACGCCUUGUUGAAAUUUAAGGAAAGUUUUGUCAUUAGUAAGUCUGCUUCUUAUAAUCCUUUCGGUUAUUCUAAAAUAGCUUCUUGGAAUGCAACCAUAGAUUGCUGCUCAUGGGAUGGUAUUCGAUGUGAUGAGCACACAGGUAAUGUCAUCAACAUUGAUCUUAGUAGCAGCCACAUCUAUGGUACAAUGGAUGCUAAUAGCAGCCUCUUUCACCUCAAACACCUUCAAAGCCUUGAUCUUUCUGAUAAUGACUUUAAUCACUCUCGAAUUCCAUCAAGGAUUGGUGAGCUUCGACAGUUAAGAUAUCUGAACCUUUCUGGAGCCAAUUAUUUUGGUCAAAUUCCACAAGAAGUUUCACAUUUGACCAAGUUGCUGUCUCUUGAUCUGUGUAGUUUAUUCUAUUCACCGGAUCCUGUCAAUCUGUUGAGUUUCAACAUAUCCACUCUAAGAAGCUUAAUUCAAAACUCAUCUAAUCUUGAAAUUAUUCGUCUUAACUAUGUGUCGAUUUCAUCACCUGUACCUGAUAUAUUCAUAAAUCUUACUUCUUUAAAACAACUCAGUCUUUACAGUUGUGAACUAUAUGGGGAAUUUCCAAUUGGAAUAUUUCAUCUUCCAAGCUUGAGAUCUCUGGAUUUGGGAAAUAAUUAUCACCUCAGUGGUAAACUUCCAAAUUUUAAUUCAAGUGCACAAAUUACCAUGUUGCAACUCACUUCCACAAGUUUCUAUGGUACACUGCCUGCGUCCAUUGGGAAUCUUAAGUCUUUGAAAUAUUUACUAAUUUCACAAUGCAAAUUUUUAGGUUUUAUCCCUUCCACAUUUGGGAACCUCACUGAGCUUACUUAUCUAGAUGUUGGAUACAACAAUUUCAAGGGUCAUCUUUCUUCUUUAUUGGUAAAUCUCACCAAACUAAGCAUGCUGAGAGCAGGUUUUAAUGAAUUUUCUACUGACACCAUCUCAUGGAUUUGUAAGCUGCCAGGAAUAACUGAUUUAGAACUAGACUUUGUAAAUAUUGGCUUCGAUAGUCCACUCUGUUCUGCAAAUCUCACCCAGCUAUCUGUACUAUCCCUACGUUACACCAAUUUAAGUGGACAAUUUCCAUCUUGGAUAAUGAACCUAACCAGCUUAGGUUACAUGGAUCUUUCAGGAAAUAAUCUUCAGGGUGAAAUUCCAAACUCUCUCUUCAAACUUGAGAACCUAGAAACUCUUUGUCUGUCCAGUAACUUGUUGGAAGGAGAAUUAGAGCUUAAUAAGUUUCUAAUGCUCAAAAUGUUGUUUUUUGUUGAAUUAUCUUUGAACAAGUUGUCAUUAAUUAGUGGAAAAAAUUCAUUCAAUGCGAGCCUUUCUCACAUUCAAUUGUUAGGUUUGGGUUCAUGCAAUUUGAAAGAGUUUCCAAAAUUUCUCCAGAACUUGUCUGAGCUGUCAUAUCUUUACGUGUCAGACAAUAAUAUCAAUUCAUUCCCCAGUUGGACCUGGGGGAAAACAAGUCUUCAGAGGUUAUAUGCUUCCUAUAACUCAUUGAUAGGAAGUAUAUCUCCACUGAUAUGCAAUUUGAAAUCUCUUAUGCAUCUUGAUUUAUCAUUCAACAACUUAAGUGGCAUGGUUCCCUCGUGUUUGGGAAGUUCUAUGCAAUCUCUGCAGACAUUGGUGCUCAAAGGAAACAAAUUGUCUGGCCCCAUUCCUCAAAGAUAUAUGGUGGCAAGCAGUUUGAGAAUGAUAGAUCUAAGCAAUAACAAUCUGCACGGUCAACUGCCAACAGAAUUGGUAAAGUGUAGAAUGUUAGAGGUUAUUGAUUUCAGCCAUAACCAAAUUAAUGAUUCGUUUCCAUGCUGGUUGGGCACUCUUCCGGAGCUGAAAGUUGGAGCUUUAGGUCAUAAUCAUUUGUAUGGAUCUAUAAGGUGCCCUGCAACGUUCUCAUUUCCCAAACUGCACAUCAUUGAUCUUUCUCACAAUCAGUUCUCUGGAAACUUUCCUUGGGAAACAAUCCAGAAUUGGAAAUCCAUGAUGGCUUCCAACGAGAGUAGAUUGCAGUAUGAGCUUCAUUCAAACAUCACGUUGUCGGGAAGGGUCAGUUGGUGGAGUGAUGGUUAUAGUUAUUCGCUGACAAUGUUUAACAAAGGGAGUGUCUUGGUUUAUCAAAAUCUCCAGGAGCUUUACUACUUGAUAGCCAUUGAUCUUUCAAGCAAUAAAUUCUCUGGGGAAAUUCCUCUUGUUAUGGGAGACUUAACUGGACUUGUUUUCCUCAACUUCUCCAACAACAUGCUUAGUGGCAGCAUUCCUUCUUCCUUAGGAAAGCUUUCAUACCUUGAAGCAUUGGACCUUUCUUUCAAUAGAUUAUCAGGGAACAUUCCCCUACAGUUGGAAGAACUGACUUAUCUCUCAUACUUGAAUGUGUCCUUUAACAACCUCUCAGGACACAUACCACAACAUAAUCAGUUUGCUACGUUCCAAAAUAGUUCAUUUAUGGGUAACCAAGGACUGUGCGGGAGUCCAUUAUCCAAGAAAUGUGAGAAUGAUGCAGGGUCACCGUUUAUUCCACAUUCUACAUCUGAUGAUGAUGAUGAUAAAGAUUCAGGAUUUUUUGUUGGAUUUAACUGGAAAGUGGUUCUGAUUGGGUAUGGUGGUGGACUUCUUGCGGGAUUGGCACUGGGAUGGACUUUCAGUCAAGAAGUACUUGAAUGGCUUAAGACUGUUCAUUUGAGUUUUUAUUUUUUCUUAAAGGGAUGGUUUUGAGCUCAGUCAUAAUAUAUAGGAAAGUGGAAUUUACUGUACAACUUUUUCUUUUUAGGUACUUCUGAGUGUAGACUUUAUUUCCCUUCGGAUGUUGUGAUUUUCACACUCUCUUGUUAACAAGAGUGUUUUGAUUGUACUUUUACUUUUGGAAUUAUUAGUUAAUGUAAUUAGGAAAGACAACGAUUACAGCAAAUCAGGAGACUAACACUACCUAUAU